GAGAAAGAGGAAAGUAUCGCUAAAAUACUGACGACCGGCACUAAUCAGUUGUUACCUUAUGGUAACUGCACAACUAUUCGAGCGCGUGUUCCGUGAGCCCGGAGAACUCCCUUGGGCGUGAGUUGGCGCUAACGCCUUUUGUCGUUGUUUAGGAUUUACGUAAAAUUUCAUUCGCUGUCUAUACACAAACGGGGUUGCUCUGACGCCGUUGGGCAAAACCCGAUUGCAAACAAGCAAUAUGGUUUGUUUACGUUCGACAACAAGGAAACGGACAUGCGCCGUUUUUGCCAAGCAUUUCAAGCUGGCUUGAAACACGUUCCGUUCCCCUUUUUGCCAAGAGAGAGAGAGAAUUGAAUAAAUCUCUCCUGUUUUUGGAAACGUUGUGUAACACGAUUUUAUUAAAAUGUUAUUAAAUUUCUUUCUAAAAUUUAGUUGCACUGUAUUACUUGUUCAAUAUUGUGCCGCACCGGCAUUUAGUGUCGUGAGUUCAAUCGCUGAAUCUACCGUUCUAAACGGUUCGCUUCCCCUUUCGGUAUAUUGAUAAAACUUCGUGCCACGGCGAUGGAGGCGCGCGUGCUGGCAUUUUCGGCCGUCUAUGUCCUGUUCGGCUUUAUCCUUGUGCAACGGAUCGUCGGAUGGUCGGGUUUCGCAUUGCUAUUCUCGGCAUUCGUCUGUCAGUAGCAGUAUUAGUAGUAGUAGUUGAGCCGUGCAGCAAGUCGGUUGUCCGGGGGCCUAACAGCAGAGGCGAGAAACCCGUUUCGCCUGUGUGUGUGCGCGUCUUUUUGUCGGUGUGAUAGAUAACGAGCAGUGGUUGUGUAACGUUCGGCAGUAGCAGACGAACAGCGGAUGUUCGGUUCGUAACAUUGGCUUGUCGAGAGUGGAUGUAGUGAGCAUUGGCUAGUAGCUCACGAAGCAGUCGAUGAGUUUUUGAUUGUGAACGUCUUGUAUGGUUGCCCAUGGUAACGCAUCACGCUUCCUGUCACUAAGGUCCGACACGUACUUUGACAGUGUGUCACUAAACUAAACCGGUGCAGGUGUUGUGCUUUAUGGAUAUAGUGUGUACUUACUAGAUACGCUGGAGAUGAAACGAAUUCCUGUGAAGAAAUGUUAUCGCUUUCGUGAGCAUCUAAAUUUGACUGUGUUUGCUUACUGCACCACAGCGUAAAUCACCAAUUGGCGCCAGUGUGUGAGGACGGUCAGUGGUGAGUGUGGUGUCAUCACGUGUGCAAGUAAAACGUAACGUAACGGAUCUUAUGAAACCUUCGACCGGCAACGCGCGCGAUAGGAUGCCCUUGUCCGGUACACCUAACGACGCUGCUACCCUUCGCCGAUCCUGGACCGAGUAUCAUGCUCACAGAGUCUAUCGUCGAGCGUGCGACGCCCCAAAAGAGCCACGUACCAGCACCAACAGGAAUCAGCAGCAACAUCCGCAGAAGCAACCGCAUCGCCGCAGCAACUGGGCCGGACACCGACACCAGCAAAGUGUACUCCUUCACCACCGCGACGACUUCACUUCUUCAACGGUUCCGCGAACAGUGUACAAAGCGAGCGCGUAAGCUAACGCGCAAUCGGUUCUGUUCGUCACAGGACAACCUCGGUGCAUCGGAGUACCGGAAGGAUCGUCGUGUGCACGGUCUCCAGUUACCGCUGCAUCCAUUACAGCUGGUCGGUUGGUUUGCUUUGGCACUGUUCGGUUACUCCACGUUCGGUGUGUUAAUACCGGCGCUAGAGCCAUCGCUACAACCUCCACUGUACAUUGCCCUCACCGUACUGUACGUGUUUCAUCUCGCCUCCCAUCUUACUGCACUGCUGCUAGAUCCGGCCGAUCCGGAGUUGCGCCGAUUGGCACCGGCUAGUAAAACCGUGGUACCAGAGUUCGAUCGCACACGGCAUUCGCACGUGAUCGAGAACGGUCGGUGCCAUCUUUGCAACAUUCGUACGACCAGCGUCCGUACCAAACAUUGCAGCGUGUGCAACAAGUGCGUCGGUACCUUCGACCAUCACUGCAAAUGGUUGAACCAUUGCGUCGGUGGACGGAACUAUGUCGCCUUUCUGAUGUGUGUGGUGAGUGCGGUCAUAGCGGCGCUGGUCAUACUGGCCGCCGCCAUCGUCGAGAUCGUGCUGUACCAUGUGCAGCCCGUUGGUUGGCUUAAUCUUGCCUGGUUUGGGUUGCUGGACGUCGGUGACCAAACACCGUCGGAUGAAGGUGUCGAACUCGAGUUGACUACUGCCAGCAGCAGCUCGGUGGGCACCUCGUUUACGGACGAAACCAGCACGACCAGUGGAUUGCUGUUCGAGAACUUCACUACCUCCGCCCAAGACAUCCUUCUAAAUGGGACGGUGGGUGGAAUUUUCGGUGGUCGAGAUGGAAACAGUACCGGAACGGUGGGCGAUUCUACGAACGGCACGACGCAACCAAACACGACGGCCAGUGUAGCUACCGCUGCAGCUGAGGGAAUUGCACUUCACCACACAGUGUUUCUGGUGUUUGUAGCAUCGCUUGGGAUAUUGGCUGCCAUAGCCGCUGGACUACUGCUACAUCUGUGCUUCUUUCAUGUGUACAUCUCGUUUCUGGGUCUUACGACGUACGAGUAUAUCCGCAACAAUCGUCAAGCUGCUGCAGCGCAACAGAACGGAGCAGGUGGCCGAGAACAUGGAACUCACCUUUCCAAUGGACCACCGCGAGUUGGUGGAGAGCUUGAAAGUACACCGUCAAAAUUUACUCUCUUCUCUAACUGUACCCAUGCCGGCACACGCAAAUUUCCCGAGGUGUACAUUUGCUCCUCGAUCAAUCAGAAAACUACCGCUACGAUCAACGGUCCACCGGGCGGAGUGUCUUUCUUGGGACGGAGAGGAGCACCAGCCAUGCCAAAUGCUGCCGCCGUCAUUCUUCCCGGUCAGCUAAACGAUCUUAACCGGGUGAGGCCACGCACAUUGCACUGCUGCGAUAGUAGUAGCACCGAAUGCCGGAACAACAUCACAGCAGCCGGGUUACGUACCGUGACUGCGACGGCAAACGUUGCUUCCAGCUCGUCUAGUACUGUGACGACGUCGACAAACGGUAACGGAGACGAUCCUCAGGGGCACCAUCUUCAGCAGCAGCAGCAUCACCACCAUCAGAAGGCUGCCUUCUAUCUUUGCUCGAUGCUGGAGGAUGAUCCGCACGAAGAUCCUACCGAAGGCAAGAACUCCGGCAAUUGUCAGGGCACUCGGACGUUUCACUGCUGUUCACAGUACAGUCGGCAGAUGGCUGCGGCACACACCUCCUCUACAAUGACCACGAACAAUAACAAUCAUCACCGUCACCAUCAUGGGAAUGAUUUUCUUGCCGCAGCAACAGCAGCCACCCUGCUCGCCACUACCAUGACCACCAUGACAACGACGACUACAACUUCCGAGGAGGCGUACAUUCAGUACACGGAGCGGUGCUCUUGCUGCAGCUUUCAAAUGCAGAAACCCGUAACACAACCGUCAAACGAUGAGACUGCAGCAUCGACAAGGCGACAUCAUCUUCAUUCGUAUGAUUUGCAUCCGUUCCGGAGAGGUGCCGAUAAGCCGACACUUGCCGAGCAGCAGCAGCAGCAAGGUGGGCGACGGUUGUGCUGUGAGGACGAAUCACUCGCCGCAGUGAAAUCGCAUCAUCGAUGGAAAAGGAAAUGGAACUGUUGCUCGAGUGUACCCGAUAGUCCGGACGUUCCAGUAGAUAUGCGAACCAUCUCCGGUACGGUAUCCGUUUCCGGUAGCCGCACGGUAAUGGCCGCCCAGUUCGAGACGGGAGCAUCGCCACCGGAGUUACCGACGAUCAGGAACGUUAGUGAGCAACAGCAAAUGACAUCGAUUGAGCGCCACUCACACGGUGCACCAGAACUGACAUGUAAUGAAAACUGUGCCAACAAUAACUGUAGUAGCGUUAGUGUGAGUAGUUCCCGUGCGAUGGCGGUGCGAGCUAUGAAGGAGGACGAGACUGCUAUCGAACAGGACACAACUGUGUCCUCUUCCGCUUCUUCUGCGAUAGAAAUUCUAAACUCCGAUGCCAACGGGAACGAGCUGGUGCAUGAACGAGAUGCAAGUACGGCUUCGCAAGCCAGUGUUUCCCCUGUGCCUAAGCGUCCUCGGGCACGACUCGUCCGUCCCUGGCCGGUGGUUCGUUUGCGGCACAUGAUGCGUAUGAUCGAUCGUUACCGGAGACCACGCUGUCGGACGAAUCUUGCAGGCACCAGUGGGAACAGUGUAACGUUGGCUGCCAGUAGCGCUAGUUCCGGAGGUAGUUGUAGUAGCAGUAGCACUUCCAUUCAACAGCAAACACUGAUUCGCCAGAAUCAGGUGCGUCCACUUUCGUCCAGCGAGUUCGCGAGUGCUCUGCUUACGGUUCCAGGCUUUGGUGCAUCGGCAUUGGCAGCAGCAGCAGCUGCAGCGGCCGCAGCGUCCUCUUCAUCAUCAUCCGCUUCACCGUCCGGGUCAUCGUCCGGUGGACCGGGAUCUCCGUCCGUUCAGCUACGUUCACUGUUGCCCACGUCAUCGAUUCGUGGAACGGCAGAGUCGUCAUCAUCGAUCACGAUGCCGGUUUUGCCACCCCCGGCACGACGUCGUUUGAAAGGCGGUGGUACAAGUUGUGUGGAUCAGUUGCCGGAGUUAAUUGGAGAUAUCACGACACCGUCCUCUACGCCGGGAUCAUCCGUCCGAGGUCCGGUUCAUCCUCCAAUGAACUAUAGGCGAAGUCGCCGUAAGAAUGUUAUUCGCAAUCGUAGCCCGACACUCUCACCGAUACACGAGUCCGGCCUAUCGAAUCCGACAUCUCCUCAGCCCUGCCGACACGUUUAUCCCGCAUCCUCAGCCUCCACGAACGCCAGCUGUGGUGGAACACGUUCUUCCGGUUUGAUUCCAUUGGUUACCACCACUGGUUACACGGAUCAGUCACCUUAAGAUGGACGCGAGUACAGGAAUUCUAGCUAGAAGAAUGGCGUCCAAUGUUAAAACGGAAGUGAGAUCUACUCUAUCGCUGAUAGGCAAAUUUCCUGAAAGUAUCUUCAUUUGCCACCUGUAGAGAUGAGAACUUCAAUAGGUCAUCCGCAUCCAUUCGGUAGACCUAUCAUAGAGAGCAAGACUACCAGCGUUGUGUUUUUGUGUUGUAAGGGAAGCGAAAUAGAGUUGUAGAAGGUACCGAAGAAUCGUUGCCUAGUAGCUGUGCAGUGAACCGUGAAAUGAAUGUUACAACCCCGAAGGUGUUACCAUUUGCGCUUUAAGACUAAGAUCCAAAAGAGAUCGAUUUUGAGGCUGACACAUAAAUACGCGCAGCGCGUAACGAAGCAACUACAUACGGCCACCGGUAGCAAAAAUAAAAACACUGAAAAAUAUGCGAUACAACGAAACAUUUUGGAGGGAAAAAAAUGGGAAAAAUAAAUCAAAAAUCGAAAAUGUGUGUGCGUCAGGGAGGGAUAUGUUUGUGUAUGCAUUAUUCCGGCCAGUUUUGUUGUUUCUAAAGGAUAGCGAAAAGAUGCUUACAUCGUUAUGAAGCUAGAAUGAAACCAAGCGGUGUAGUGUAGAUAAUCAAAUUGUUUUUUUUUUGUUUUUAUAAAAAAAACACACACAAAUGGUGUGUGCAUGUGUGUUGAGUAGUUUAAGUUUUGAAAUGAUACAAAAGGAUGGUGAAAUUCUUUUUGCCAUUAUAAUACCAGCAGCACACACAUAUGGUACUACCGAUAUAUAAAUGGUGUUGUUGCCGAAGUAUACAUUGAGAAUUCGUAUCAACAAAGAUUUGUAUCUAUAAAGAGGGAUAAAUAAAACAGGAACGCUUUUUCACGUUGUUUGUUAGGAGCCUUGUAGGUUUCGGCAAUGGAAGGUAGUGAGUAUGAUCGAUAUAGGUAGUCGCUCCCGAGCCACCUUAGACACUUGUAAGCAAACUGUGUGUGUGUGUGUGAUGAGUGUGCGUGUGUAUAUGUUUGCUUCAAAACUUCUAAAUAAUUCAAGUAACGUAUUGCCAACCAUUUCUUCUCGGAUUUUCCUUUUACUUUUUCCGGUUUUCCAAUUCUAAAGACAUCUAUCCGUACACAGGCCCACAUAGAACAGAACAUACCGAUCACGUCUUCGUCGCUUGUGUGCUUGAAAGAGGCGUGUGUUUUCUCAUGAUUUGAAUUUCAUGUUUCAUCCGUCAGUGUGUGUGUGUAUGUAUGUGCAUCUGGAAAUGAUUUUGUGUAAAAGCAAACGAGAGAAAAGAGCAUCCUAUCCUCCUUGCUCUAAGCGCACGUGGUGAGAUUUACCAACCCUUAAUGCCAAUAAGUAACCAUCUGAAAUGAAACAGUUGAAAACAGUUCAAACAGAGGUCUGAAAUAUCUCGUCUAAUUUAAAGCAAAAAUCGAUACCCAACAGAUUAUUACUGGAUGUAACACGCACCGGAAAUAAACCAAUAUCCCCGUGUUAGUAUAUUUGAGAACAGAUGGAAGGCAACAACAGCAGAGAGAAUAAACAGAUCGUGUAUUCAAAAAAACUCCUUUAAUGUGUAAAGCAACGAAAUGAUAUGAUACUGGGGAAAGUAUGCACACAUUGAAACGAAACCCCCUGUUUGCAUUGUGCGAUAGAGUGAUAGGAAAGUGCAUCAAGCCGAAUGGCUCGCUUAGUAAGGAUUUGUAAUGAAAAACAAAAUUGGAAAAGUGCAUUUUGGGGAACGGAGGGUUAAAAGCUAUUUUUUAUGUCGCUUUUCCUGAUCGUAAGCU